GCAUGAUGCUCAAGAUGCUGCCGUUUAAGCUGCUGCUGGUGGCCGUGGUUCUGUGCUUCUUCGAGGGGGAUGCCAAGUUUGGGGAGAGCGGCGCCCGCAGGAGAAGGUGCCUCAACGGGACCCCGCCGCGGCGGCUGAAGAAGCGGGACCGGCGGGUGCUGUCCCCGGAGGCCCCGGGCGGCGGGGAGGCGAUGUGCCGCGGCCUCUACCCCCGCCUGUCCUGCUGCUCCCGCUCCGAAGCGCAGGGGCUGCCGCACGCCGAGGCCAAGGUCCUUUCUGUUACCAACAACACAGAAUGUGCGAAGCUACUGGAGGAAAUCAAGUGUGCACACUGCUCACCUCAUGCUCAGAACCUAUUCCACUCACCUGAGAAAGGGGAAACUCCUGAAAAAGAACUAAUGCUUCCCUACCUGUGCAAAGACUAUUGUAAAGAAUUCUAUUACACCUGCAGAGGUCACAUACCAGGUUUCCUCCAAACUACAGCUGAUGACUUUUGCUAUUACUAUGCAAGAAAAGAUGGUGGUGUGUGCUUUCCAGAUUUUCCAAGAAAACAAGUGCGAGGGCCAGCUUCUAACUCUCUGGACCACAUGGAAGAAUACGACAAAGAGGAAGAGAUCAGCAGAAAACACAAGCACAACUGCUUCUGUAUUCAGGAGGUUGUGAGUGGACUGAGGCAGCCUGUUGGAGCAGUACAUUGUGGGGAUGGAUCCCAACGCCUCUUCAUUCUUGAGAAAGAAGGAUACGUGAAGAUUUUCACUCCCGAAGGAGAUAUACUCAAGGAACCUUUUUUGGAUAUACACAAGCUUGUUCAAAGUGGAAUAAAGGGAGGAGAUGAAAGAGGACUGUUAAGCCUUGCAUUCCACCCCAAUUACAAGAAAAAUGGAAAGCUGUAUGUGUCUUAUACCACCAACCAAGAACGGUGGGCUAUUGGACCUCAUGACCACAUCCUUAGGGUCGUAGAGUACACAGUAUCCAGGAAAAAUCCACACCAAGUUGACAUGAGGACAGCAAGAGUGUUUUUAGAAGUAGCAGAACUACAUCGAAAACAUCUAGGAGGACAGCUGCUGUUUGGCCCAGAUGGUUUCCUAUACAUUUUUCUUGGAGAUGGCAUGAUCACUCUAGAUGACAUGGAGGAGAUGGAUGGUUUAAGUGAUUUCACAGGUUCUGUAUUGCGCCUGGAUGUCAAUACUGACCUGUGCAAUGUCCCUUAUUCCAUCCCACGGAGCAACCCACACUUCAACAGCACAAACCAACCUCCUGAGAUUUUUGCACAUGGACUCCACAAUCCAGGCCGGUGUGCUGUGGACCGGCACCCUACAGAUGUAAACAUCAAUUUAACUAUACUUUGUUCAGAUUCAAAUGGAAAGAACAGAUCUUCAGCAAGGAUCUUACAAAUAAUAAAGGGCAAAGACUAUGAGAGUGAGCCCUCACUUCUAGAAUUCAAACCAUUCAGCAGUGGGUCCCUGGUUGGUGGAUUUGUGUACCGGGGCUGCCAGUCGGAGAGGCUCUAUGGAAGUUACGUGUUUGGGGACCGCAAUGGAAAUUUUUUAACACUGCAACAGAGUCCUGCAACCAAACAGUGGCAAGAGAAACCCCUCUGUCUUGGCAACACUGGCUCAUGUAGAGGUUUCUUUGCAGGCCCUGUCUUGGGAUUUGGAGAAGAUGAAUUAGGUGAGAUAUACAUAUUAUCAAGCAGUAAAAGUAUGACACAGCCUCACAGUGGAAAACUCUACAAGAUCGUUGACCCAAAAAGGCCUUUAGUCCCUGAAGAAUGCAAAAGAACAGCUCAGCCUGCACAGAUACUGACAUCUGAAUGCUCAAGGCAUUGUCGGAACGGGCACUGCACUCCCACAGGAAAAUGCUGCUGUAAUCAAGGCUGGGAAGGAGAGUUCUGCAGAACAGCAAAAUGUGACCCAGCCUGUCGACAUGGAGGUGUGUGUGUAAGGCCCAAUAAAUGCUUAUGUAAAAAAGGCUAUCUCGGCCUCCAGUGUGAACAAGUGGAUAGAAACAUCCGAAGAGUGACAAGGGCAGGUAUUCUUGAUCAGAUCCUAGACAUGACAUCCUAUUUGCUGGAUCUAACCAGCUACAUUGUAUAGUUUCUGGGACUAUUUGGAAACUCCACUUUCAACGGGCAUUUGUUUUGAAUCCUGUCAUUUUUGAAAGACUGUUAUCCUGCAACAAACACCGGUGAUUUGAUUUACUUUAUUAAUUUAAGUGUAAUAUCCACCAAUGUAAAGAAAAAUCCCUUGUAUGUGUGUAAAUAUUCCUGCACGUCUCCACAGACGUCCCAAUAUCCAAUAUGUGCACACAUACACACGCAGCCGCUAUCACAAAUACGGUCUUGCAGAGAGUGGAAUCUUUUUUUAAUAUUUAUUUCUUCAUGAGAAAUAGUUUACGAAGCAAUUCCACUGUAAAACACAUUUUCGUCAAAGGACUUUCCUGAUGUCUUAAUGGAUUCUUUGACAUCCCAGAAAUCUCGUUCCUGUACCUAUCUGAUUCUAGCAGUGAGAAAGCAGUUUCCAAACAUCGCUGUAUAAACUGCUGGACUUAAUAAAAUCCAGUUGUAACAGUUUCUAAGGUAAACUGAACUCCAUCAUGAGACAAUAUUUCAGAACUGCUUAAUGCAUUCCUAUCUAGGCAAUUCAUUGUAAGACUGUAACCUUCACUUUCAUCAAUGUAACUCUAUUACAGAAUGUUAUUUCUUUAUCUAGCAUAGAUGCAAAAAUCUGGUUAUCGCAGCUUAAUAUCAAGAUUGUUUCAAGUGUUUAAUAAUUAAAUUAUAUUCGCAUAUUUCAAAACCAGUCAUCCUAGAAGGUCUGCUUUUUAUCAUAUAUUUUAUUUAACGAUGGGCACUGGGUUCAUGUUACAUAUUUAUAUUAUUUUAUUUUUAUAAUAUAGACAUCACCUAGAUGAGACAGCUUUACCAUGUCCUGUAAAAUACUAGAGUUACAUUUUUCACCAGCUUAAUUGGAAAGACUGGGAAAGAGAGAGCAAACACAUACACACACAUACUUCAAUGUGUUGUGGAUCUAAUCUAGAAAUGUACCCUUGUGUCAACUUGUGUUCAUUUACACCAGGUGAGAACAAAAGCAAACGCCCACCAACCAUAAUAAAAUGACAGCAUGUGUUAAAAGUGUCCCUAACGUGGUUUUCACUGUAGCAGGACAGUGUAAGAGGUGGUGCAGGGGCAGACUCUGCCGAUGCCACACUGGGCAGGGCAUCCCGGGCUGACAGCUCACUCAAGCGUGUGCUGCCUGUGUACGGUGCCACUUGUGCAAAACCUACAGCAGCUCUUGCCAAAUGAAUGCUAAAUGUUCCUUGGAAAGCCAGCAGAAAACCAAGUCUUUGUAAACGUAUCAACAAAUGUGGUGGUGUAUGUGCUACAGUCAGGUUUUCUAAGGUAUUAAUUAAUUAGAUGUACCUGCAGAACUGGUGCCCUCAUCUCCAGCUCUACUGGCAGUUUCUUUGUUCACUAUUUACCAACUAUCAGGUUUCCUUUGCACUACCUGCAAACUACCUACUGCAGCUUCUGCAAAAUCUUGCCUCAGAAAAGAAAGCAGAGCAGCCCCAGUGUGCACAUCCUGUGGUCCUUAGAAGCAGCUGCUCAUGCAUCAAAGAUUGACAACACUGCAGCCAAACAGAUCUAAAAGACUUUCACCAUGUUAACUCUCCAGUAGUAAAAUCGUCUCUCCAGGGCAGCAACAUGCUGCAAAUUUUCCCUGGCAGAAAUUUGUCAGCGUUCAUGUAGUGAGUAUCAAAUGUGAAAUUACAGCAUAACCAAUACUUGCAUUUCUGUGUCUCACACAUUCCAGCUCCAAGGAACAGACAAUUACAUUUGCCUUCCAUAUAUGUUUGCCUGGGUUUCGAGUGACCUCAUGCCAAAUGGAAAUGGGUUGAGAGAUCUUGGUUAAGUGCUCAGAGAACAAUGGUCUGCAUUAAAAAGUGCAUGCAUAAUUUUGCACAAUGUAGAUUCAACUGACAGUCCAUUGAAAGACAUCUUGGGAUUAAAUGAGCAUGAAGACCAAAUUGCCCUCUCACCCCAGAAAAGGGUGGUCCCUUAUAGUCACACGAACACUUCAUUGGCUAGGCAGUGUGACCAAUCUUAAAAUGAACCCUGUGGUAGCAUCUGUAGGUUAAUAGCAGCUCUUUGUCUCCGCUGCUUUCUGCCUUUAGUCUUUUCCCUGAAUUCCAUCACAAAAAGUUUUACAAUUAAAAAAUGUCCUGACAACCAUUUUUGUAAAUUGACCUUAGCAUCUAAUCUUUCCUUAUUCAACGUGGGUGACAAAAAUGUGAACUUCUCAUGAAUGAGCCAGCUGUCUAAAUCUGUCACAUAGCACGGUUUUAUUACACUCCUCAUAACCAGCAAGGCAAGAAAGUCACUGAAGUAUUUUAGCAACAUUUAAAUAUCUGACAGAGAUAACAUCUUUAACACUUUCUUCAAUGAAAUAUAUUUAAAAAUAAACCCAACUUUAACUCCACUCUGAUACGUUAUUUUCAACAACCAGCUGGGAACAUGUUAUAGUUCUUUUCUCACUGCUUAGUGCCUUAAAAAAUACAACAAAUGGCACCUAAAUUGAAGAUUCACAAUCAUAUAUAUAUAUGCCACAGUCAUGCAUAGAAUAGAAAACAAUGAAGUUUUGAUCAUAACAAUAAAACAAUUUAGUUUACUAGUGAAAUCUGAAAAUAAAACUCCAGUAAGAGCUAAGAAUUAAAUCCAGGCCUCAUUCAAAUCAACAGCAAAAACUCACAUUGACUGUGCUGCACUCAGAAAAUCACUUUCAAAAUUAAGCAAAAUUUAAGCAAAAUUCUUCACUUUGUUUUAUUAAAAAAAAAAAUCUGCUCUGAGUCAUUCCAUACAAACGUCAAAAUUAAGAAAUAAUCUAAGUGAAGGUUAGAGGGAGAGGGGAGAUAGUUUGUGAAAUUGUUUUGAUUCAUUUUUAUAUCAUCUUUUAUAUUGUGUGAAAGCAGGCAUCUGCAUUAAGCCCACAUAUUCAUAGGAAGUCCCAGUGGAAAAGAAGUAUUCUCAUAAAAAAAAAAAAAGAAGAAGAAAAAAAAAAAGACACAAAAAAUCCUAGCUGCUUAUUUAUCAAAAGAAAUUAUACUAUUAAAAAGAGUGAGCAAACCCCAGGCCUAGCCACCCAAGAUGCUGAUAUAAAAAGGGCAACUGCAGUAAUUGCCCUGAGAAUUGGCAUACAAAAAAAAAAAAAAGUGUCUGUAGAAAGCCUGUUGCCAGUUAGGUCAUUCUGCAGCCAUUCUCACACAACCUCCAAGAGUGUCCCAGAAUAAAACUGA